CAUGCUUGGUCUUCUUUUAUAUUUUAAAAGUGAAAAAAGUUCAGACAAGGGUCUAAAAUAAGGUAUAAAUAGUGUUUGUGAAGCAUAUAAAGCCAGGAAGACCGCAAUAUAUUCAAUAAUCAAGACUUGGCUAUGACCGGAUGAAAAAAACCAAACCAACGACAGGCGUUCAACCAAUACGAGUGUGUAAAAGAAUAGUGAUUUCUGUCGUCAUUUUCAUGGAAAAGCUGUUGCGAUCUUGAGAGAAUAUUCUUUAAACAGCAGAAAUGGACGGUACCGGGAGGCAGGUCAUCAUGGGUCCACCGGCGCCAGUGGCCAGCACCUCUAAUGAACCCAGUCCCGGUAAUCCAAGUAAUGCCCCUCCUUCCGAAGCCACCAAAAGCGCACCUCCGCCCAAGCGGAUAAUUAAGAAGAUUCAGCUGGACUUCAACAAGCUAAAGCAAGCGGGACUGGACAGGCAACUAGCCGAGGUCCUGAGAAAUCAAAAAUUGGGAGCCCAGAAGGUAGAAACCCCAUCAUCCAGUAUUCCUUCGCCCUCUGCCACUGCGCAGUCGACGUCGAACACAGCAGAGUGCACAUUGCAGCAGCCACAACAACAAUUUCGUCAGCCUGCACCGCAGCCCAUGGUAAAGCGUUUUAUGAUCUCGGAAUUUAUAGAAAAGUCGGUGCCUAUACAGACGACACCUAUCCCGACAGUGUACAAUACGACGAAUGCCAAUCGUUCCAAGCACGUCAAGACAUUGUUAAAAAACAGGAUACUAAACAAAAACAUUAACAUCAAUUCCCAGCCUCAGCAGAUGCCAACAACAUCCAAGGCGACGUCGCCAUCCUCUGCCCAGGGAUCAGCUCCUCGGAGUGCAGCUCCGCCUGCAGCCUUCUCCCUGCCCAUUGCCAAGGCGGACUUGACUAUUCGCCAAAAGCAGCCACCACUGCUGCUCAAUCUUGUGAACCAACUGCCCAAACACCGAGACUUGUGCGGAUCGAGUAACAAGACGUUAAUGAAGCAGCCGGAGAUACCUGAACAGAAUCAUCCAAAGUCAUCAUCUGUACAGCAAAUGGCAUACAGUCCACAAAGGAUUGCUGUGCAGCAACCACCGCAGACGUCCACCCAGCUGCUGCCACAUCAUCCGUUUCAGCCAUCUCCACAAGUUCCUGUACCUCAAUCAGUUUCGGCUGUCCCCAUUACACUCCACAAGAGCCCUUCUCCGCCACUGAUUGUGCUGGAGAACAAGGUGUUGGCACCCAACGAAAAGAUUGAUUUGAGUGGGCUGCGACUGCCAAAUGCUCCGGUGUCCACGACAUUGUCACAGGUUAAACCUUCAGAAAGCCCCGUUCAAACCAGUAUCCAAUCCAAGAUUAUUAAAGGCAAGAUAAUUAUGAAUGCCAAUAAGUUCAAAGUGUCGCGGGAAAAGCUGGCCGAGAUGGCCAAAGAGAUUCGCCAUCAGGUGAAGCAGGUUAAACUCCCGCAAACACCGGAACCAGUUUCCUCAAAGGACUUUACUUCAACCACUGAAAGGCCAUUCACUAUUACCACGAUACUUCAACAAAAUAAGCCGCCUCUUUUUACUCCUGCAACUCUCGAGGGAAAUAACGUGUAUAAUCCGAUGCAACAGGACAACGAAUUGCCAGCUUGUUCUGGUUCAAGUAUAAUUUCAAAUCCCUUACCUGUAGAUAAUUCCUCGACUCUGGAACCGAAACAGAUGUUUGUGGCUGAAUCGAAGGAGCCGAAAGAGUAUCCUAAAGAGAAGGCAGCAGAAGCAAGCCCUCUUGAAUUUCCGGUUUAUAUUCCAUCAACUCUUGAUGUAAAACUGUUGCCUCAACUAGAUCCCAAUUCCACAAAUACUCUUCAGUUGUCUGAACAUAACCCUGUUACUCCGGAAUCUGCUCCUGAGCCAAAGGAAUAUUGCAAAGUUGUUGCUACAAAAUCAAGUCCUCCCAAACACUCAGAAUAUAUUUCGACAACUUCAAAUAUAGAAGAAGUAAACACAGAACAAAACCCACUGGAUUUCCCUGUAUAUAUUCCCUCGACACAGUUACCUAGUGCCGUGGCUACAGAAUCAAAUUCUCUUCUGCCAGUGCACACUGCAGAAGCAAUGGGAUUUACUGAAGAAAAGGAUGCAGAAAACAGCAGACCUGCAUAUAUUCCUUUGACUCCAGAGAAAAUAAGUUUGCCUGAAAAGGUAACAACAGCAUCCAAUGCUGCUGACUUGUCUAAGCCGGAAGAGUUCCAUGAGGAAGUACCAACAGAAACAAGCUUUCUUGACUUGCCAGUCUGUAUUCCUUCAACUUGCGAAACCAAGGAGUUUGCUAAAAAAGAAUCUGCAGAGCCAAUACAACCUGUCUUGACCCAUGGUGCUCCGACAACUUCAAAAUUGAAUGCAUUUUCUGUAAAGCCUAACACGGAAUCAAGUUAUUUGGCAUCUCCAGCAGUACAAAAAGUUGAAACUGCGGUUGAUUUCAUAGCCCAACUAGCGGCUGAAAAUCCCCUAGAUGAAAGUGCCUUCUUGGAUCUCUCGCCGGAAGAGCAAAGAUUAAACGCUCUUUUCGGAGGCGGCGAAUGUUGUUAUAUGGGUGUGUCGCCAGUCGAUGAGCCUCAACAACCCCAAGAGGAUUUGUCCAUUGGGAAGAUUGUUCAAAUGGACAAUAUGAAUAUACUGCACGCCACUUUGGAUGUACACAGCGAUAGUACAAAUGUACUUCGCAUUAGUCCAAGUGCGGUGAGACUGCAAAGCAGCGUGGCUAAAUUGGAUAUGUCAUUGGCUGAUAUUGAUGAGGUGGCUGAUUCGGUUCUGGAGGAGAAUAAAGUACAGGUUAACUUACCGGAGCAACCUGCUCAGGCUGCAACCAAACCAAGUGUAGUGAAAUCUUUGGCAUUUGAAAGUACAAGCGAAGAACCCAAAGGGGAUGCUCGAAGUCCAGAGGUAACCACAACAAUUUUGGCUGAAAAUCCUAGUACGCAAAAAGAAUUUGAAGUGCCUUUGGAAGAAAUUAAGCCAGUGUCAGAUACAGAGCCUGUACACGAGGUUAAUCCCCCCGCAAAAAGAACAACUACCAGAUCUAAGAGGGCAAAAAUCAACUUAGUGCAACGCUCUAAAAGGCCGAGUAUCCCAAAGACUUUUGAGGCAAAGAAAACUAGGCUAGAAUUUGAGGAAGGCGAUGAUGAGGCGAUGGCUAUCGAUCACAGCUUGCUGGAGGACCGAUACGGAGUCACAGGAAUAGAGGUAAUACACAAUUCUGAUAGCCUAACCUCAGACAAAGUAAAUCUUAAUUUAUCUAGUGUUAAAAACAAUCCAAAGGUGCCAACAGAUGAGAAGCAAUGCGAAGAAGUCAGUAAGUCCAGUAAAGAAGUUCGAGUCGAGGAAACUUGCAUAAAUCCCCAGGAAGUACUUCAGAUUUCAACGAAAUCAACCACAGAACGUGAUUUAACCCAGCUAUAUCAUCCACCAAAAAUGCCCAAAAAUAAACCCAGUAAGAAGAACAGUGCGCAGGAGACCUUGGAGGAUUCACAACCCACACCUUCAUGUAGUAAUGUCUCCCUCAUAGAUAUCCUUUCUCAGGAUGUACCACCGGCUCAGGGAGAAGCCCAGAUACCAUUUCGCAAGGAGUCUAUAGAAUUAAAUUCCAAUGUUAAUAGGACGUCCGAUAUCACAGGAGUACAGAAUUUGAUUGGGCACUUGACUGCCGAAAAUGUGACCCCACAAUUCAAAAAGUUAUCGCCAACGCCAAAAUCAGAGGAAACAUCGAAACCGAUGACCCGCAAGAAACUUGUAAAAACAAGACCGAUCCUCAGCAAGAGAUCCUCAAAAGUUAGUCAGAAAGUUCAGAAAGAAAAGUCUAACCAUUUUGAAUUUCUCCAUCCAGUUAGUGCAAAUGUGGGAGGUCGCAUUCCCACAUCCAGCACUAGUGAUGAUGAUGGUUCCAUAUUUCUGGGCUUCGAUAACAAAGAGGAGAAGAGUUCUAAAACUCCAGUGAGAAGCAAGCGAGUCAGACAAAUGAAGCUCAACGAAACGGACAUAAGUGAUGACGCAACUCCCGAUUAUGAUGAGACAGAGGAAGAGCAGCAAAGUACAGAAAGACAGCCACAAGAGAAGAAUUGUGAGAUUGAUACCCAGUUUACUACCAACAAACCUAAGGUUGUGGGAGCUUUUUCGGACGAUUCAGAUAGCAGCAGUCGUGGCCCUACCAGUCCAAUGGAUUUUGGGGAUAACGUAUCCAUCGAUGAAGACAGAGCGUGUGAAGUUUAUCCGGUAAGGGAAUCAACUAACUGGGAAAAACUUGUAAAUGCAAGUGAACAAGUUGAAGAUAAAAAGGACAUAGGCACAAACGAGAAACAGGAUUAUCCUACAGAAACAGCAGUUAAAUCUAAAGUAGAUCGUUUAACAAAAACUGAGGAUCCUCCCAAAAUCGAUGGCGGUAUUAGUAACACGCAUCUAGUAGAGGCACUUUCGAAUGCUUCAGAUAAGCAUAACGAUCAAAAAUCUCAGACUUUUAUGGAGGAAAAUCAGAAAAAAUCUGUGAUAGGCAAACAGGAUUCCACAAUUAGUGACAGUAAAUUAAGAAAAAGCACAAGAAAGUCAACCAAAUCAAAUGCCCCCUUUGAAGUGGAUACUACAAAUGAACCUUCCACAAGUAAAGAUUGUUUAACGAAUAUAAGGACGAAACGGCAGACGAGAGGUCGUUCAAUAACGUCAGGAUCUUUGGAUGAUAGAGAACUAAAGGGAGUCCUGGAGGAUGGUGAUGCGGUCCAGAAACCAAAUGUACCUUCAGCGUUAACAGAAAAUUUGCAUCAUCUGGAUUGUACAGAAAAUUCAGAUUUAAAGAAAACUGUGGAAAAUGAAAAAGGAAAACCAAAAACAACUCAGCGCAAAUCAGUUGAGUCAGAAAAUACAGUGUCUAAGAACGUAGAGAAUGCGGCUAAAGAAAUCCUAGAAGAUGUAAAAGAUCCUGAGAAUAAAAAUAUUCUAUUAACGACAGGAGAAAAUACGAUUUUAAUAGAAGAUCAGCAAGGAGAUCAAAAAACAUCUGCGAAGUCAAAAGGAAAACGAAAAUCUCGGAGUUUGGCGCCAAUAAUUAAAGUCACCCCCGCAACUCAACCGGAUGUAGUUGCAAAUACCCAACUAAAAUCGGAGAGUAAAGUUUCUAAAAAUCAGGAGGAAGAAAACUUGGAAAGGGUUAAACCUCCUGAAGAAGAAAAUGUAAAACAGGAAGAGUCGAAGUCCGUUGAGGAGCCAGAUACAUCCUUAAAAUCAAAAAGAAAUCGUAAGUCGCGAUGCACUACACCAAAAAUUAAAGUAUUACCUGAUAUUCAACAUGAAGUGGGAACAAAACCGGACCAAACUUCUGGCAUUGAUGGAUCCAAGGAUGAAGAGGAACCUUUCACAGCUUCAGAGAAACCUUUUGUACAUACAGAAAAUGAAUUAUUUAAUGUUCCAGGGGAAUCCAAUGAUGAUAAAAGUUGUAUGAAGCCAAAAGAAAAAAGGCAGUCCCGAUACAGUAGUAUCAAAUCCGUUUCAGCAACUCCCGCGGUUUCUGGCCCUGAAAAAACAUCCGAUCGUCUCAUAACAGCUGUAAAUAAAGACUCAACAGAAGAUAGAGACACACUUAAUGCUUCGGUGGAUGCAACUCAAGCGGUCAAUCCCAAACGAAAACGAAAAUCCCGGAGUACCACACCAAUGUUAUUGGUUCCACCAGUUGUUAAAGCUCAAGAAAUACUUGACUCAAGCAAUUCGAACACAGAUCUUCAAGAGAAACUGGAAGAGGUUAAAGCAUCCGAGGAAGCAAACCUAUCAACCACUUCUGUAAAAACUAAGAAAACACGACAAUCUAGAAGUAGUACAGCGAAAGUAACAAUUUCAGCAGUUACUCAACCCGAACCGGCUCCAAACCCUGAAGAAGAUCUUGCGGAAAUGAAUGAACCAAUAAUACCUAAAAGGCAAAGAGGAAAACGACAAUCUCGAAUUUCUGUUAAAUCCAAUGUAACAGCUCCUUCUUCGACACCAUCAGAAGAACCUCAGCCAGUGGAGGAGACUCGGGUCACACGAAAGACUUUUGGUUCAGUCACACCGGACACGCCUAUCACUUCAGUUAAUACCCCCAAAGAUAAAGAAGAUUCUGAGUCUGCGCCUACAAAAGGCGGAGGAAGUAAUGCUAAUAGUGUACCAGCAGAUCCAAAAUCACGUAAGUUGAGGACCUCAAAUUUCAGUGAAAUGAUUUCACCAAAACAUGAAGAGCCUAAAGUGCCUGCGAAAAGGGGAAGAAAGCGAGCUGCUCCUGUUGAUACGGAAAUUGAGUCGGCGAAAAAACUAAAGACUGAUGAGGGUUCGGAGACAGUAAGCAUAGUUGAAUUCAAUCUUCGCCUGCUGCUCAUUCGAAAGCGGGAACAGUUGGACUCCGAAGAGGAUUUAACAGAGAAUGGCAAGGGUGAGGGUCCACUGCAAUGUGGCUUGUGUAUGAAACGCAGCGAUAAGAAAAAUUGGCAAACUCAUCUGGGAGAGCACUAUGGAGUGGGUUGGCCUAUUGGAGACACCCCCAAGAAAAUCACGCGUGCCUGGGUGAUGACAAUGAUGAAGAACCAUCUCCAAAAUAGCAGCGAAAAGCUAAUAUGUCGCCUCUGUAAUCACCAAUUGGGAACCCCCUUGGGCAUGUUGCUUCACCUGGAGGGUUGUGGCAAUAAACAGCGAAUUCCUUGUGAUUUCUGCAAUAAACUAUAUACUAAACUUUCACUACCGGGACACAUACGAACCUGCCCAAAGCGCCACGUAUUCCAGAAUGAGGAUGAUCAAGAGCCUGCGGAUGGAGAUGUUGUUGAGACGGUAUACAGCAAUGCUGGCCGUGCCAAAAGGAAGUCCACAAUCAAGGCUGAAACAAAAUUAAAGAAAAUAGGACAGGAACUGACUUCACAAAAGACGGGAGAGGAGACUACCGCCAAAAACGACUUCGAUGGCGAUUCUUCUGACUAUGAUAUGGCAAAAGACAAUGAGUCGUCUGAGGAAUAUAAUUCGGAAGGAGUCGAUUCCAAUGAGGACUCCUUAAGCACCGAAGAUGAGGGAAGCCUUGCUGAUAAUUUGUCCACAACUAAACGAACAAAGACAAACGAACGGGGACAUAUAAACAGGAAAAGGAAAAUAAAUCGGCCAGUGAAUACGGGAGAGAGUCAACAGAAACCUUUACUUUCACGAUAUCACCACUUGGAGGCUAGGGCGACCCACAAAUGGAACGAAUUCGUGCAAAGCAAUUAUAAAGCUGAUCCUUUGUUCAGUCGACUGUUGCCCAGAUAUUCGAAGGUUUCCACAGAGGAGUCUAAUGGUUUGCUGCCCUCUAAGGAGACGACAUCCAUGCGCUAUGCUUAUGGUAAUGUAAGCAAAGAAGACGAUUGGAAACAGUUGGGACCAUUUGAGGGUUUUAGCAAAAAAGGAGAAUAUGUGAGCUUCCUUGGCAGGCCUAUUAAACAACUCGCCUGGGUCCCCCUGCCCCCGAAAAUUGCGGAUCAAUAUUUACUAUGCUACCUGCGUCCAAAGAUGAAAACUUAUGCAAGGCAUACAAAAUUAAAGGAUGAAGAAGCCCUUUUAUUGUUGCUGAAAUGUACGGUGGUAUCGGACAAACCUGCUGAUAAAUCGUGGGGCCUACGCCCUGAGCUUCAUUACGGAAUUCGUGUACCCAAUGGACCAGUUCACAGUUUCUGCUUUUUACCGAGCGGUGGCUACGAUAAGUCAUCCAAUCGUUUGGGCCUUUUGGCUGUGGGAAAUUCUUUGAGUGAUGUCCACAUUUAUGCUUUGCCUUUGGAGCUGACGGAGGAUAGGACUGCAGACGACAAUGUUCUCAUUCAAUUGCAAUCUAUGAUAACCCUUAGCUUGGAUGUUAACAAACCCGUUCAGGAUCAGUGCACUAAAAUUUGUUGGUCUCAGGCUUUGAACCACAAUUUCCUAGCGACUGGCUAUGCCAGUGGUAACAUUGCAUUUUGGGACAUUGGUGAUACGGAUAGCAUUAAUUGUUUUAAUCGGAAUGAUGAAACCUAUUUUGCGCCUCUGAAUUACUUUUACAUAGGCGAGCGAAAUGUCCAAUUUAUGGAUAUACAUUAUGACAAUAACGGACCACGUUGGCUUGCUGUUGGCACUUCCAUACGUCAAUUUAUAGUCUAUGAUAUUGCCAAUUGGUCGAAACCCGCUAUACUUACACAAGACUCCAUCUGCACACUAUAUAUGGCUAAUAUGACUUGGUCUCCAAUUUGUGAAACACUCGUCGUAAGCAGUUCACAUUUUACUCGCACAAUAGCAGUUAGUCCAUCGGGAAUACAGUUCGAGCAUAGGACCCUUGAUGGAACUCUGACGACGACACGAGAAAUGCACACGAAUUGCCAACAGAAUCACAUGGUGUUCGUGACGGACAACGGCGAUCUGGUUUUCCUGGAUGUGCGAGAUCUCAACUGUGGGCCCGCUCUGCUGAAAUCAUUAGUGAACAGAAGGGUCGUAUCCACAACUGAGUUGCAUCAUCUAGGAGCCACUACUCCAAAGACUAAGGAUCCAAUCAGUGCGGAUGAGUUUCUCCGCGACUAUGGGGUGCAAAUUAAUCCCCUGGUCCCGGCGCCUCAUAAAAAGAAGUCCUCAUACCUGGACGCAAAGCGUCGACCGCAAAAUGUACACACUUUGGCGCUGACCAGAUUCAAUUGCGUUCGUUGCAAUUGGAAUUCGCCCGCCCACACUUGGGUGGCCAUGGGCGCAGAACAUGGCCUGCUGCGAAUACUUAAUUUUGAUCGAGAUAAAUUCUUUUAAAGAAUAUCUCGGAGACUUCACUCUGGCAUCUGAAAGUCUUCUGAACAAGCAACAUCUGAGAUUAUAACUUAUUGUUUUACCCAUAAGCUGAUUAGUUUUAGGA